AUGGAUAUACGCAUUUCAUUCCACUGGACUGCAUACAACACCAAAGAAACAGAAAAGGACAUGGGGAUCAUAGGGAAUGAAGCUCUGUUUUUAAACAUAAAAACGGAGAUGAACAGAGUAGUAGGGUGCAAAGUGCAAAGAAGUGAAAUGCCAUCCUUUGAUGAAGAUGUCAUUUAUGUGUUGGCAUCAUAUCUGGAUUUUGAUAUUACUGGAGAACCCCUUGCUAUCAUGGACGUUUUGUCUUACCAACCCAAUUACAAGUCCAUGAUGGUGUCAUCUGGUGUUCUUCCCGCCAUUCUAAAAGUCCUUGAUACCCAGAACAGGGCACUUCAUAGAAUUGCCUUGAAGAUACUUUAUAAUUUGUCCUGCAAUGGUGAUAUUGGAUACCAUUUUGUAUAUUUGAACUGCAUUACAAAGCUGGUUCCGUUUUUGGGUGAUUACAAACUCGCACGGUUUUGUAUUAAGAUUAUGAAAAACUUAUGCGCUACUAAAGAGGUUAGGAUUGCAGUUGCUGAAACUAGUUCAUGUAUCAGUGCCAUUGCCAAACUACUCAAAACUGGAAGAGAGGAGGAACAACGACAUGUAUUAGAGACCCUCCAAUCCUUGAGUAAAAAUUGUGGUCUACCAGGCUGGGAGCCAGCAGCUGGCUCAUCAUGGUUGGAGCUGGUUAAUCCUGUAGAAUUUCUUGAGGACACUAUGGUUGAGCAUGAGUAUGUUGAAUGCACUUCAUCAACAAUACAGGCAUUGGUUUUGUUCAAUAAAUUAUAUCCCGGACACAGGAAGAAAGAGAUCGAAAUUUUCAUCACAAAAGCUGUAGGGUACCUUGAAGACACACAAAAACCUAAUGGUUCAUGGUACGGAAUUUGGGGAAUUUGCUUCAUAUAUGCAACCUGGUUUGCACUUGUAGGGUUAGAAGCUGUUGGCAAGACUUAUCAGAAUUGUCUAGCAAUGCGAAAAGGUGUAGAAUUUCUACUCAAAACACAAAAUGAUGAUGGCGGUUGGGGAGAGAGCUAUCUUUCAUGCCCAAACAAGGAAUAUACGCCUCUUGAGGGAAAUCGAUCAAAUUUGGUGCAGACUGCAAUGGCUAUGAUGGGCCUAAUUCAUUCUCAGCAGGCAGAGAGAGACCCUACUCCUCUUCAUCGUGCAGCAAAGCUAUUGAUCAAUUCUCAAAUGGAGAAUGGUGAUUUCCCCCAACAGGAGCUUAUCGGAGCUUUUAUGAAGAAUGACAUGUUGCACUAUGCACUUUUCAGGAGUACCUUCCCUUUGUGGGCACUUGCAGAAUAUCGCAAUCAUGUUUUCUUGCCUAGCAAAUAUGUUUAAACUAUACUCGUGAUGUAGCAC